AUAGGAUGGACCUCCGCCUCCGCCAGGCUACCCACAGCAACCUCAACAGGUGCAUUACGAUGCUGGCCCAGCGCCGAUGGGCGGACCCUACGGACAGCCGCCGCAGGGUUACAACCAGGGAUACGAUCCGAACUACAAUCAAGGCUACCCGCCUCAGGGAGGGAUGCAGUAUCAACAAGGGCCGCCGCCGAUGGGAUAUCAACAAUACCCACCCGGACAGUAUCCGCCCGGUGGCUAUCACGAAGAGCGCGGUGGCGGCAAAGGAGGAGGAAUCUGCGCAGGUAUUCUAGGUGCACUGGCGUGUUGCUGCUGUUUGGACAUACUCUUCUAA